CCUCCCAACAACACCAAUCUUCUCCACCACAACAGCUUGUUUUUAUGAUUAACAUUCCAUUUUUUUUCCUCCUCAAAUUGCUCUUCCUUUACCCUCUCAUUUCUAGCUAAACCUUCAAAUGGCCCUUUCUUUUCCUUCUCAAAUGCUGUUCAUGAUGCCUCUUGUAGUGGUUGGCCUUUUCGUGGAGGCCUCCGCAGGCAAUUUCAACCAGGACUUUGACAUCACAUGGGGUGAUGGCCGAGCUAAGAUACUCAACAAUGGAGAACUUCUUUCUCUCUCACUUGACAAAGCCUCUGGUUCUGGUUUCCAGCCCAACAAUGAGUAUCUCUUCGGCAGCAUCCAUAUGCAGCUCAAGCUUGUCCUUGGAAACUCUGCCGGAACUGUCACCGCCUAUUAUUUAUCCUCAAAAGGGUCAACAUGGAAUGAGAUUGACUUUGAAUUCUUAGGAAACCUGAGCGGUGAUCCUCAUAUUCUUCAUACUAAUGUAUUCAGCCAAGGUAAAGGAAACAGAGAGCAGCAAUUCUACCUCUGGUUUGACCCAACUGCAGAUUUCCAUACCUAUUCUAUGCUUUGGAAUCCACAGAGAAUUAUUUUCUCAGUGGAUGGUACUCCAAUUAGGGAGUUCAAGAAUGCUGAGUCAAUUGGUGUUCCAUUCCCAAAGAAUCAGCCAAUGAGAAUAUACUCUAGCCUAUGGAAUGCUGAUGAUUGGGCUACAAGAGGUGGGCUUAUCAAAACUGAUUGGACCCAAGCUCCAUUCACUGCUUCAUACAGGAACUUCAAUGCCAAGGCAUGUAUUUGGUCCACCGGAUCUUCUUCUUGCAGCAGCUCAUCAUCUUCAUCAUCCAAUAAUAGUACUAGUAAUGGAUGGCUCUCGGAAGAGCUUGAUUCAACCAGACAAGACAGACUGAAGUGGGUGCAGAAGAACUACAUGAUCUAUAAUUAUUGUACUGAUUCAAAGAGAUUUCCCCAAGGCUUCCCACGAGAGUGCAAUAAUUAGGAAACUGUCUACCUACUCAAUAUGCCAAACCAUAUCCAUAUGUAUACCAAUUCUUUUGGUUUCUUUUCUUUUUCUUGCAAAUGUAUACAUCAAGUAUAUUUUAUUAGCCUUUGUAUGCAUACUUUUAUAUAUUCAUAUGCUGCUAUGCAAUGCAAGUUGUCAUGUUGCAUAUAAAUCCUUCUUGUAUUAAAAUAUAUACACUACAAAGGAAUAAUUUU